UUCGUGACCGGCCAUGAUUCCAAAAAUCACAAAAAAUGGCCGGACUUAAGCUUCGACAAAAAAUGGAGUCAUGUCGUUGUGCAAAAUUAAUUAAAAAUUUUCAAUAAAAUACCAUAUAUUAAGUGCAAAAAAAGUGUUAAAAAUCAAGUUAAAGUCUAAAGCAAAAAGUUGAAACUGAAUUCCCCCAAAAAAUUGUGUAAUUUUGACGUAAAACUUGCUUUGAAAAAGGCAAAGAAAAAAUUUUUCUUCAUUCGCAGACUCUGCAUACAAGCAAAAAUUUUUUUAUUCGUGUCCCGAAAGCGAAGCGUAGCCAGUUGUGGUAGUAGAGUAGAUGAAGAGUUUGCUGGUGCUAAAGCUUAAAACUAAAUCCGCAAACGGUUCGUGUAAAUUUUAUUAAUAUAUAUAAAAAGAAAAAAUCUGUUAAAAGUCGUGGAAAUUUUUGUAAAAAUUGUGUAACUAUACGAAAAAUUCUCUUAUCAUACUAUAGCUAUCCCUUUCUAUGCUAUAAGAAAGUUAUAUGUCAACAAGAAGAAGACAUCUAUACUAACAAACGUGGGUAGUGUGCAAAAAAAGUAAAGAAAAAAACAAAAAAGAAAAACAAAUUGAAAAGAAAACAAAACAAAAAAUACCACAAAAACCAACAACGAAUUAAAAAAGUGAAGAAAGAAAAAAACGACAAGUGAAAGAAAAUAGCAAGAAAUUAUUUCAAAUAUAGAUAUAAAACAAAUAAAAGUUAAAUAAAUUUAAAUCAAAUUAACCUUUCCAUUGAAAUUUUGUGUGUGUGUACAUUUGUAAAAAUAUUGCAUGUGGUCGUCGUCUCUUUUAUAAAUCAUUUGCUGAGCAACGAAUGUAUGUAUUCAUUCGGAACUGAUGUCGAGUUUUUUUAAUCACAAUUUACAGUGAUGAUCUAAAUGUAUUACACUCAACUAAAGUUGCAGCGGAGAAGGAGGUUUUUCUCAAUAUUUCUUAUUGUUUUAAGCUGCAACUAAAAAACGAAGACCAAUUGCAAGAAUUGAGUUAAACAAGUAAUGAAUGAGAAAAUAAAAUCACCCUCAGGGCAGGGUGGUGCUGGAUCCGGUGCGGGUUCAGCAGCUGGUGGCACAACAACAGCUACAUCGGGCAAUAGCGCAGUUGGUGGUGGUGGCAAUAUCAAUGCUGCGAUAGCAGCAAACGCUCCCGGUGGUCCCGUUUCAACGUCAGCGGGCGGAGGGAUUGUUGGUGCACCAACACCAAACAAUGGCAAUGAUACAACGGCACAAAUGCCAACACAUCCAUAUGGACCACCCGGUGUUGGUGGUGGUGAUCCAGUAAUGUCACACUAUCACAUGCAUCAGCAGCCACCACACCCGCAACAUAUGCCACCACAUCAACCAGGUGGACCCGGUGGUCCACCACCACCACAGCCGCCUACUGGUGAACAUCCCGGCAAAGAUGGUGUCGAGUAUGGACAAAGUCCAUUGGGUGGUCCGCCGCCACCACUGCCCGGUGGUCAUCAUCCCAUGUAUGGACGUUAUCACCAUGGAGAUCCCAAUAUGGAUCCGUAUCGUUAUGGGCACUCGCCUAUGCAGCAACCACCGCCUGGUGGUAAACCACAACAAUCUGCGCCCGUUGGCGGUCCCGGCAUUGGCUCGCCGAGUCGGCCACCUCCCCAAAGGUAUAUACCGGGUCAACCGCCACAAGGUCCCACGCCGACCCUAAAUUCAUUGUUGCAAUCAUCGCAUCCACCACCUCCACCACAGCAUAGGUAUACGAAUAGUUAUGAUCCCCAGCAACCGCCGCCACCACCCCAACAACAGCCGCCACCUCAACAAUCACAGGCACCUACACAGCCGGGUUCCGGAGGUCCCCAGCCUCCAGGCGGACCAUCGCAAAGUGGACCGCCUGGUCCACCAGGACCACCCCAACAUGGUGGACCGCCACCACAUCAGUCGCCGUACGGUGGUCAACAGAGUGGUUGGGCACCACCACCCAGACCUUAUAGUCCACAAUUGGGACCUUCACAACAGUAUAGAACACCACCACCGACAAAUACUUCCAGAGGUCAAUCCCCCUAUCCGCCAUCACAAGGUCAAAACUCAGGUUCCUAUCCAAGUUCGCCCCAGCAACCACAGCCGGGGCAACAACAGCAGCAACAACAACAACAGCAGCAACAACAAAGUAGUAGUGGUAGUGGUGGCGGUAGUGGAGGUGGUCCACCACCGCCGCCACAAUCUUCAAAUCAAGGCACAACACCAUCUCAAUAUUCACCGUAUCCACAAAGAUAUCCCACACCGCCUGGCCCAGCGACAGGACCAAAUCAUCGAACUGCCUAUACGACGCAUCAGUAUCCUGAACCAAAUCGGCCUUGGCCUGGUGGUUCAUCACCUGCUCCUAGUCCUGGCCCUGGUGGCCAUCCCCUGCCGCCAGCAUCACCUCAUCAUACACAGCAUGGUGGUCCACCACCCAGCAGUAGUCCGAGUCAUGCGCCCAGUCCAUCGCCUCAACCUUCGCAAGCCUCACCAUCACCUCAUCAGGAACUAAUAGGUCAAAAUAGUAACGAUAGUUCUAGUGGUGGUGGCCACAGUGGUUUAGGCUCUGGUCCACCGGGUACACCAAAUCCUCAGCAAGUUAUGCGUCCCACACCCUCGCCCACAGGCUCUUCGGGUUCACGUUCUAUGUCUCCAGCAGUGGCACAAAAUCAUCCUAUAUCGAGACCCUCUAGUAAUCAAUCUAGCAGUGGUCCCAUGCAACAGCCUGGGGGUGGACCUCCAGGUCCACCAUCUCAACAAACAUCGCAACAACAGCAAUCUCAACAAGGUCCGGGAGUUCCAAACUCUUCCUCUUCGGCGAGUAAUUCGCCCCAACAGCAGCAGGGACCGCCCAGUGGUGCAGCAGGUGGUCCGCCAGGUUCUCAGCAACAGCCACCACCGCCACCAAAUCAGAAUGUCAAUAAUCUGCCCUCACAGCCAUUGCCACCUCAGGGUCCUGGUGGGGGCCCCGGUGGCUAUCCAUUACCGCCUCAUAUGCAUGGCAGCUAUAAGAUGGGCGGCCAAAGUCCUGGUCCUCAGGGUAUGCUCUCUGGUUACCCACCACCACCGCCUCAGCAAGCUCAACAAUACUCUCAAGGAAGCUAUCCACCACGACCACAAUAUCCGCCCGGUGGUUAUGCUCCCACACCACCUCCAUCAAGCCAAGCUUCCGGUGCUAACAGUAUGCCACCGGGCAGUGGUCCCCAGCAGUAUCCGGGCGGUCGGCCCAUGCCAAACCACAGUGGUCCUGGCCAAUAUCCACCCUAUCAGAACUGGGUACCACCCUCGCCACAACAAGGUGGACCCGGUGGACCUCCACCCGGUGGUCCCGGUGCUCCUGGUGCUGCUGCUAUGGGUAAUCAUGUUCAGGGUAAAGGUACACCACCUCCACCACAAGGAAGUGGCUCUCCCAGACCCCUCAACUAUCUGAAACAACAUUUGCAACAUAAAGGCGGUUAUCCCGGUGGUCCCGGCGGUCCGCCUCAAGGCUAUGGCAAUGGCCCUGGUAUGCACCCAGGUAUGCCUAUGGGACCACCACAUCACAUGGGUCCGCCACAUGGUCCGACCACCAUGGGCCCACCGCCAUCUACACCACCACAAUCGAUGAUGGUUGGUGCUGGUGGCGAAAGCAGUAGCGUUGCUGGUGGACCUCCACAGCCACCACCACCAGAUCAUAUAUCACAGGACAAUGGUCUGAGUUCAAGUUCAUCGAGUUCGGCCCCUGGUGGACCACAACAUCCCGUCACUUCGGUAGUCACUACUGGUCCUGAUGGUGCUCUCAUGGAUGAGGCCAGUCAGCAAAGUACAAUAUCAAAUGCAUCAGCAGCCUCUGCUGAAGAUCCCCAAUGUACUACACCAAAAUCGCGCAAAAAUGAUCCUUAUGGACAAAGCCAUUUGGCACCACCCAGUACUUCACCGGGUGGUAUAGGAGCUGGGCCGCAUCCAGGUCAUCCCGGUGAAGAUUAUGAAAUGAAUUCACCACCCAAUUGGGCUAGAACACCAGCCAGUCCGGGUUUCAAUAGUCAUGUUCCUCAACAAGAUACUUUCCGUACAACGGCCACUCCCGUAACCACAGUCGUCUCAGCGUCAGCCAAGAAAUCCGAUAGUCUUUGCAAACUAUACGAAAUGGAUGAUAAUCCGGAUCGCCGUGGCUGGCUUGAUAAAUUGCGAGCAUUUAUGGAUGAGAGACGUACACCGAUCACCACCUGUCCAACCAUCUCGAAACAGCCGCUCGAUCUUUAUCGUUUAUAUUUGUACGUUAAAGAGCGAGGCGGAUUCGUCGAGGUAUGCAAGGUUACAAAAAGUAAAACCUGGAAGGAUAUUGCCGGAUUAUUGGGCAUUGGUGCAAGCAGUAGUGCUGCGUAUACGUUACGCAAACAUUACACCAAAAAUCUAUUGGCGUUUGAGUGUCACUUCGAUCGCGGCGAUAUAGAUCCAUUGCCAAUAAUACAACAAGUGGAGGCGGGUACAAAGAAAAAAUCAACCAAAGCAGCUUCAGUACCAUCGCCAGCUGUUGUGAAUAUUCUAGCUGGUUCAUCAAACUCUCAAGAUUCAUUCCCAGCCCCUGGUGGUGCUGCCAACACUUCAACGGAUGGUUAUCUUCAAUAUCCGGGUAGUUAUCCCGGUGGUCCGGGUCCUCAGCCGGAUUAUGGAGCGGCGGGACAAAUGCCUAGGCCACCCUCACAAAGUAAUGCGCAAAGUCCACAUCCAGGUACAAAUAAUCAAACAUCAACGGCACCUGGUGGUGGUGUAGGUGGUAGUGAUAAUAUAAGUGUCAAUAAUCCAUUUGAUGAGCCUGUAGGCAGUGGUGGUGUUGCGCCAGCUUCUAAUGCAACUGUUGGUGGCGGUGGUGUUGUUGUAAGUGCUACAGCUAGUGCACCACCACCAAUAAGUGUACCACAGCCUCAUCCACCGCAUCCUCCCAAUAUAAGACCACCUUAUCCACCUGGUGGACCAUAUCCGCCACCGGUGUCUCGUACACCAGGUUCUCCUUAUCCUGGACAACCCGGAGCUUACGGACAAUAUGGUUCAGGUGAUCAAUACAAUGCUACCGGGCCUCCUACCCAGUUUGGCCAACAGCAGGGCCAAUUUCCACCACAGAAUCGUAACAUGUACCCUCCCUAUGGACCCGAGGGAGAAGCACCUCCAUCCGGCUCGAAUCAAUAUGGUCCUUAUGGAAAUCGUCCAUAUAGUCAACCACCACCCGGUGGUUCUCAGACCCCUACUCCUCCUGGUGCUCCAACAGCGGCUGGUGGUCCUCCGCAAAGUGGUCCUCCAGCACCUGGCAGCUCACCAUAUCCGCCACCUGGUGCUCCUGGCCAACAAGAAUAUUAUAGGCCACCAGAUCAGGGUCCUCAACCACGACGUCAUCCAGAUUUUGUUAAAGACUCACAGCCCUAUCCAGGCUACAAUGCACGACCACAGCUUUAUGGUGGUUGGCAAGGUGGUUCGAAUCAAUAUCGUAAUCAAUAUCCAUCUUCUCCAUCGCCUCAAGCAUGGGGUGGGGCUCCGCCACGAACAUCAGCCCCACCGACCGGUCCAUUGGGACCGCCCGGUCAACAACAGCCACCAGCUGCUGGUGCCCCACAAUGGGAUCAACACCGCUAUCCGCCACAGCAGCAGCAACAGCAGCCUCCAACUCCACAACAGCAGCAACAACAACAACAACAGCAGCAGCAACAACAGCCACAACCACCCUAUCAGCAACAACAGCAGGGACAGCAACAGCCCACACCGCCGCAAUGGGCUCAAAUGGGUGGCGCUGGCACUGGCGCACCUGGAGCACCACCAAGUGGAGCGCCAGGCUCACCUUUAAGGCCUCCCAGUGCUGGUCAACAACAACAACGUAUGCCCACUAGCGGUCCCAGUGGUAACAUGAAUGUGGGUGUCGGACCUGGGGUUGGCCCUCCAACGGGGCCGCCAGGUACACCUCCCAUCACCAGCAAUGCUGUACCAGGUAGUGUUCAAAUGCCUCCUGGUAGCCUGGGUAAACCACCCUUCUCCAUGCCUCCACCACCACAGGCUGGCGGUGGUACUGGCGUUGUUGCGCCUCCAGGAACUGCUCAAGGUCCUGCUGGCGCUGGCAUUAUGCCGCCUGGUGUUAUGGGCCCUCAGCAAAAGCCCCUGGGUAUUGUUGGUGGUCCCGGUGUUGUGGCGUGCAGUGUUCCACCACAACCUCAGCCGCCUCAGCAGCCACCGCAAACGUUUGCUCCGCCUGUAGGUCCUCCUGCUCAGCUAAUAAAGAAGGAAAUCGUAUUUCCACCCGAAAGUGUGGAGUCUACCACACCGGUAUUAUAUAAACGUAAACGCUUAAAUAAGGCUGAUGUUUGUCCCGUCGAUCCUUGGCGUUUGUUUAUGGCCAUGCGUUCGGGACUUUUGACCGAGUGUACUUGGGCUUUGGACGUGCUAAAUGUCCUGCUGUUUGACGAUUCCACAGUACAAUACUUUGGCUUGGCUCAUUUGCCCGGUUUAUUGACUCUACUGCUGGAGCAUUUCCAAAGGAAUCUCGCUGACAUGUUCAGCGAUGAUGAGAACAACGAGAAACAUCUAGCAAAUAGUGUUAAAAGUACUGCUAAAAAAGUGAGCAACAAGCGCAGUAUCAUGCACAGCAGCAUGCGUAAACGAGCUUGUGAAGCGACCAACAUUAAACAAGAGGAGGAGGAGGAGGACUUAAGCAAACACAAUAGAUUACAUGACAAUAUAACGAUCACAACAACAGCAUCAUCAUCCGAUUAUGACUUCGAAAACGAGCGUAUAUUUGCUGAAGACGAUGCUCAUGUAAAUGAUGACUCUGAUGAAGACGAAGGCAUCGAUUUGGGGCAAGUUAAACAUCAAGCCAACCCCGAUGAGCGUGUGAUAUUACUGGCCCAUACACCCAACUACACAAUGAUGUCGCGCAAAGGUCUGCCUGUGCGACUGCAGCCUGCCGAACAAGAUAUUUUCAUAACCGAUGGCCUCAAGUCAUGGGACACCGAGUUUAGUGGCAACUAUGAGGAGACAGCACCGGUGGGCAGCAAUGCCUGGACUUAUGGCUUCACUGACCCAGAUAUAAAUGCGGGCAUUAUUGAUGUGUUCAAGUCAGAAUUUGUAGACAUUCCAUUUGCCCGUUACAUCAAAGGCAGCCAACGCAACGGCAUCAACAGUUGCAAAACCAAGACUAAAGACAGCAUGAAACAGUUGAAAGCGGAGGAACAAGAACAGGAAGGCAGUAGCUUAAUGUUAAAACAGCCCAAGUUGGAAAACCCAGAGCAAAGUGAUAACGUAAUAGAAGCAGCGCCAGCAGACGAAGAAGAAGACGAUGAAGCCGAAGCCAGACUGCAACAGAAUACUUUCAAUAAGAAACGCCGUCUAUUCCACAAUUCCGUUCUGAAUGCCAACCCCAACGCCAGCCUCAACAGCACUAACAGCGAAUCAGCUGUUGGUGAUGCACAAACCCUAGAACCUAGUGAAGCCAAGAAAACUAAGCUGGAGGAACAAGACAAAUCGGUUGAAAUUAAACGCGAGGAAGACAGUGAAAUGACAGCAGCUACAGCUCCCUCAGACAGUGAUUGUCGAGAGGUAGACAUGGAAUUGGAAACAAUCCAAACCACCAAAGACACGGCCACGUCAAAACAGCAAAAAUUCGAUCCCAAGUCAACAAUACGAGAUCCGGCUUUAGUUCUGCAGCGCCGUCGUUCCUCUUCCUCGCUAGAAGAUGAAUGCAAUACCCGCGAUGAGUCUAGUUUGUAUUUGGUCAACGAAAGUCAGGAUUCAAUGGCUCGCCGUUGCAUCUGCAUUUCGAAUAUAUUCCGCAACUUGAGCUUUGUGCCCGGCAACGAAACAAUUCUAGCCAAAUCUUCCAGAUUCUUGGCAGUGCUGGGACGUCUGCUGCUGCUCAAUCACGAACAUUUGCCCAGGACACCUAAGAAUCGCAACUACGACCGGGGCACCGAAGAAGACACUGACUUCACAGACUCUUGCAGUUCGCUGCAGGGAGAACGCGAAUGGUGGUGGGAAUAUUUGAUCAGCAUACGAGAGAACAUGCUGGUAAUAAUGGCCAACAUUGCGGGCCACUUGGAUCUUUCGCGCUACGAAGAGCUGAUAGCCCGGCCCCUAAUCGAUGGCCUACUACACUGGGCUGUUUGUCCAAGUGCCCAUGGGCAAGAUCCCUUCCCCUCUAGUGGUCCUGCUUCCUCACUUUCACCCCAAAGACUUGCCCUGGAGGCUCUAUGUAAGCUGUGUGUCACCGACAACAAUGUCGAUCUAGUGAUUGCCACACCACCCCACUCUAGACUAGAAAAACUAUGUGCAGUACUCACGCGACACUUGUGUCGCAACGAAGAUCAGGUGCUACGGGAGUUUUCGGUCAAUCUAUUGCAUUAUUUGGCUGCCGCCGAUAGUGCCAUGGCCCGAACGGUGGCGCUACAAUCGCCCUGCAUCUCCUACUUGGUGGCCUUCAUCGAGCAAGCCGAGCAAACCGCCCUGGGAGUGGCCAACCAACAUGGCAUCAACUACUUGCGCGAAAACCCCGACUCGAUGGGUACAAGUUUAGACAUGUUGCGAAGAGCUGCCGGUACACUGCUGCAUUUAGCCAAACACCCCGACAACCGAUCUCUAUUCAUGCAACAGGAACAAAGACUUUUGGGUCUGGUCAUGUCACAUAUACUGGAUCAACAGGUGGCUUUGAUUAUAUCACGAGUACUAUUCCAAGUAUCGCGAGGACCCGGCACCAGCGCCAAUUCACUCGAAUACAGACUGCAACAGAAGCAGUUGCAGCAAAAACUGCAAGAGACAGCAGCAAAUGAAAAGAAAUCACAGGAAUUAGGUUUAAACUCCUCCUCGUCAUCUUCAACGGCCUCAAUGACGAUGUCAGCAUCAGUGAUGGCAAGCAAAGAGUCUAAUAACACCACAUCCGAAUUAAAAAUAGAAUCUGUCAAAUCGGAGGCUCACGAGACGACUUCAAUGUCCAGUAACGAUGCUGCCAACAAUACCAGUGGUGCGGAAAGUACGGGUGGUGUUGCUGCUACAGAAACAACUGUAGGCAACAUCAGCAAACCUUCCUCCUCCUCCAUGAUCAUGUCCGCUGAUGAAAAUAGCAACAGCAGUUCUCAGAUAACACCCUCUGCUGCUUUCAACGAUGUCAGCAACAGUAGUACAAAUAGCAAUAGUUGUGGUACUGCAGCCAGUUCUCACAGUAGUCUUAGUCAGAAUAGCAUGAAUAGUUCCAUGGGUGGUUGCAGCAAUAACAGCAGUUCCAAUAACGCCGCCGCUCUACUUCAUCUGCAUGCCAACAAUAGCAGCAGUAGUAGCAUGACAACGGCAGCCGCCAUAGCUGCAGCAUCAGCAACAGCUGGAACAGCCCCAACUACGGCGGAACAUUUGAAAAGUAAUAUUUUAAGUUCAAACACCAAUUCUCCAUUGGCCAGCAGUAGUAGUAGCACUAGCAGUAAUAUUGGUACAAGCAGUAGUGGUAGUAAUAGUUUACAAUUAAACAAUAGUAAUUCGACGACCAGCUCCCCAUCUAAUCAACAGCAACAGAUACCGGCACCGCCUCCACCACCACCAACGGCGACUGCGCCAUCGCAAGCCCCAACUGCAAAUACCUCAACGACAGCAGCGGUUGCGUAG